CAUACAUAAAGCAGUGCAGGAUGCCGCGUCUCUUCAGUCAGCCCCCACUAUAAACAGCUGCAAAAACACAGCCGGCUUCAUGGGAACGCAGUCAUUCUGAUUGAUCAGCAGGCCUGAGUGGAACCUGAGCUUCGAAACAUACACAGGCUUCCAUCCAUGUAUGUGUGUGUCCUGGAGCCAGACGAGCAUUUUUCAUCAAUAAAAUUUGGAAUUUACCUGUUGAUCUGAGAAAGAUCUGGAUCACUAUUUUUAUUUUUUAUUAGAGAAAUUGAAGGAGCCGCUAGUGCCAUUUUGAAUCAGCAAGAAGCCAAAUAAAAUGGGGACCUGCCCCAUCAGAUGUAGAUCCAACAUGACAAUCCUGGAAAACGCACCUGAACCUGAAACAACAUCCCCCGAGGACAGCAUGAUCGUGUCCCUCUGUGACUACCCGGCCCUUGAGCGUACAGAACUAACCAUGAGCAUUGGGGAACGCCUCACCAUCAUAUCAGACGAUGGUGAUUUUAUGAUGGUGAGAUCUUCAACCACAAGUCGUGAGAGUUACAUUCCCACUAACUACGCCGCCAAGGUGACUAACCGGUGGCUGUUCACAGGCAUCAGCAGGUGCAAAGCAGUGGAGCUGCUCAUGCAGCCUCAGAACCAGAGUGGAGCCUUCUUGAUACGAGAGUCAGAGACAAACAAAGAUUGUUACUCAUUGUCUGUCCUGAAGAGGAACAACCCUUCAUACCUGGACUGUGUAAAGCACUACCGCAUCCCUCACCUUGAAAAUGGCUGGGUCUACAUAUCUCCAGGAGUCACCUUCCCCUCACUGCACCACCUGGUGGAACACUAUACAGAGUCUGAAAAUGGAUUGUGCAGUCGGCUGACAGCUCCUUGCUUCAUCCAGGGUUUAGACAACGCUGCAGACGCCAGGCCUGUCCCCACAAUUAUGAGGAGAUCUACUAUCAACUGGAAGGACAUUAGCAGGUCAGCAAUCUUCAAGAGGAAGAGAACAGAGUCAGACAACCCUCUGGUGAGCGAGGGGCUGAGAGAGGCCAUCACCUCCUACCUCCAAAUGACAGAGGGCACAGAUCACAGCUGGGACACUUGAGGAGAGACAGUCUAUCAGUCUGAGAGAGAGAGAAGUCAUACAGAUAGAGUGAGGUCUGAUACUGGCCUGUGACUGUUUGAUCUGCAGCUUGGGCUUGCCUUUGGAGGAGGUCAUCUGGACACCCAAAUGUAGUCUUUGCAGACUGACCUGGAGUACUAGCAGGAGGACUGAGGCACUACAAUGUUUAGAGAUGUGACAUACUGUAUGUGUCUGUAUUCUGUGUCUCAGGAGGCACACAGUGGAGCUGAAAGUUGAAAGUCAGUGAGAUAUUUGAUCUCAUUUGGUUUCAAAAGUUGAAUGUUUCUCUUAAUUUAUAAACUAUUAUGUACAUGCUGUUUGAAUGCAAUGUGAAAUUAUAUUGUCAUAUGAUUGUUGUCAUGGGUAUGUUAUUGGAAUCCAAUAAAAUAUGUUAGCUAUGUGAUAAAUGAGCAACACAUACAAAUAAA